UCCACCACCACCACCAGUAGUGGAGGAGGAAGGUGUUUCUCACAGUGCCUAACGGGCGCCUCUCCAAGACGCGAGUGCUCGCGUGAGUUUGUUCGGCCGGCAGGUACCCCAAGGAUAUACAUAUAUAUGAACAAGAGAGAACAAUUCCUUCGAAGGACGUGGAACGUCGCUCGGCAGGAGGGAAGGCCAAGGAGGCCUCCUCCUCGACGAUGCCGUCGUUUCCUCUUCGACGAGCACGCGUAUGUACGACGUCUCGCUCUUUCUUGCAGAGAAAGAAAGAGAGAAAGAGAAAGAGAGAAAAAAAAAUACGUUUCCUCAGAGGAGGAUGAGUUACCGCUGGACAGUGGUGAUAUCAUUGAAAAUGAGACGGUGAUUGGCGAUGGCAGUUGUAUAAGUAUUCAUCAUCAUCGUGAACGUUCUCAAUGUCAUUGUCGGCAACAACGAGAACGACGACACCGACAUCGACACAGACAACAACAACAACAACAACAACAACAACAACAACAACACCAAGAACGAGAAGAAAAACGAAGUCAACGUCUUCGUCGUUCGCAAGAGGAAGAAGGAAAAAAGGAAGACGUAGAGGAGGAGGAAGAGGAGGAGGAGGAAAAAGUAAAGGAAGAAAGUGGUAUAGACUUAGAAGGUAUCCUACAAUAUCCUGGACCAAUGGGACAAGAAAUGAUGUCCGAAGAGAUGGCUCAAGGUUACACGCAACUCAUUCAUCAGGUUCAAGAAUCACAGGAGUUUAUUUCCUUGGAAGAAUUUUGUCCUCGUAUUCAUCAAGAUACACGUGGCCAUGAUAUUUGCGGACAACAUUUUUAUCAUCAUCAUCAUCAUCAUCAUCAUCAUCAUCAACAACAACAACAACAACAGCAACAACAUCAACAUCAACAUCAACAUCAACAUCAACAUCAACAACAACGAAGAUAUUAUAAUCUUUCGACUGUUCAAGAAAGUUCCUGUUCGACGGUCUAUUUCGGCGAGAUAGGCACGGGUUCGGGGGUGGGAGAUUUGACGGGCGUCUCGGCUGGGGGUGCCGACGAGCUUACCCCGACUCCAACCCCCGGCAACGGUAGUGGUAGUGGCAACAACGUCAUCACCCCCGGAACAUCGAACGGCACUAUCAUAAGCAACGCUACCACAACCACCACCACCACCACCGCCGCCGCUACCACCACCACUACCAUCACCACUACUAUUACAACCAAUACCACUAGCAUUAUUACCAGUACCAUUAUCAGCACGCCUACUAGUAUCAUCAGCAACCCUACAAUUACUGAUAUCACUACUUCCGACGUAGAUAUCGUUGCUACAACAACCAACACCAACAACAACACCAUCAUCAACAACAAUAAUAUCACUACCACCAAUACAGUCGCCACUGCCUCCGUAGCUGCAGCUGCUGUCGCUGCCGUCGUCUCCUCCUCUUCCUCCUCCUCCUCCUCCUCCUCCUCCUCUUCUUCCUCUUCUUCCUCCUCCACCUCCUCCUCCUCGUCUAUCAACAACAAUAACAUCACUAUCGCAAAUACCACCACCACCACCACCACCAUCACCGACACAACCCCGCGAAUUGCAACCGGGGCUGAACCGCCCCGGCACAUGGAGACACCCCCGACGAUGGUUCCAGACCAGGCACCCGCCCCCGGACAUCAUUAUCAUAAUCAUUAUCCUCAUCAUCAUCAUCAUCACCAUCAUCAUCAACAACAACAACAACAACAGCAGCAGCAGCAGCAACAACAACAGCAACAACAACAGCAACAACAACAUCAUCAUCAUCAUCAUCAUCAUCAACAACAACAACAACAACAACAACAACAACAACAACAGCAGCAGCAGCAGCAGCAGCAGCAUCAACAUCAUCAUCAUCAUCAUCAUCAUCAUCGUGGAUCAUCCAACAAUACACCAACUCGUAAUCACUGUCAACCUGGCAGCACCGACAACUCCGAGGAUUUUGCUCCAAUUUCGAAAAAAAGAAAAUUGUCUUGUCAGUUCUUUGAAGAAUACCGAACACGAAGAGAAAUUCUUGUAUCGUGUCUACGAUUUUCUUACUCGUUCGAUCGUCCAAGAUCUCAACAAAGAAAAAAUAAAAACGAUGGAAGCGACUUAUUGGAUGAUAUCGGUGAUGAUGCUAAAUCUGUACGCACAAACGACGAUAGUAAAAAGCAGAAUCACAGCGAAAUAGAAAAACGAAGGAGAGAUAAGAUGAACACAUACAUCACAGAACUCUCGGCAAUGGUGCCGAUGUGUCACGCGAUGUCCAGGAAAUUAGACAAGUUGACUGUUCUACGAAUGGCUGUUCAACAUUUAAAAACUAUACUGGGAGCUGUUACCUCAUAUACGGAGGGUCAUUACAAGCCGGCCUUUCUCAGCGAUCAAGAACUUAAAACCCUCAUACUUCAAGCCGCGGAAGGCUUCGUCUUCGUCGUGGGUUGCGAUCGUGGAAGAAUUCUCUACGUAUCCGAGUCGGUAUCACAAACUCUCAAUUACUCUCAGGGUGAUCUUUUGGGUCAGAGUUGGUUCGACAUACUUCAUCCGAAGGACGUAGCAAAAGUAAAGGAGCAAUUAUCCUCGUCGGAUCUAAGUCCGCGAGAACGACUGAUCGAUGCUAAAACUAUGCUGCCAGUGAAAACUGACGUUCCUCAAGGGGUGUCCCGACUUUGUCCAGGUGCAAGGAGAUCUUUCUUUUGUCGAAUGAAACGUAAAGUCGAAGGAGUUAGAUGCGGCGAAUUACAAGUCAAAGAGGAAGCUGAUACGACUACUGGUUGUCAUAGACGAAAAAAACAACAAAAUGUUGAUUGGAAGUAUUGCGUGAUCCAAUGUACCGGAUAUCUGAAGUCUUGGGCACCAGCGAAAAUCGGUUUGGAAGAACAAGAGGGAGAAGCCGAUGGCGAAGCUUGCAAUUUGUCGUGUUUGGUAGCAGUCGGUCGAAUUCAAACUGCGCUUCCAACCUCAUCAACCUCAACGAGAAGACCACGUCUUCGAACUAUAGAGUUCAUCUCGAGACACGCAAUGGAUGGGAAAUUCUUGUUCGUGGAUCAAAGAGCCACACUGGUACUUGGUUUUCUUCCUCAGGAACUUUUGGGUACUAGUAUGUAUGAAUAUUAUCAUCACGAUGAUAUACCACACCUCGCAGAAUCACACAAAACGGCAUUGCAAUCUUCUGAACGUGUUACGACCCAAGUAUAUAGGUUUAGAAAUAAGGGUUCGAAUUUUGUCAGGCUACAGUCUGAAUGGAAAUCCUUCAAGAAUCCAUGGACCAAAGAUAUCGAAUAUUUGAUAGCCAAGAAUUCGACCGUCUAUUGUGACAUACGACAGGCUGGAAAUAGUACGAAUAAAACUGAAAAUUCUAGCGUACAAGAGAAUUAUGAAUACUUCGCUCAAAGCAAUGGAGGCUUGGAAAGACUUAUCUCGAGUCACGUAGAGGUCAGUAAAAUUGGACGUCAAAUAGCAGAGAAUGUUUUGGACCUUCAAAGACGCGGUGAAGAUUCUUCAUCAGGAAGUAGUCCGGGUCCGGUUGUGGAAUCCGCAUUGUUAAAUACCGAGGGAUCAUCUUUCCGACCUAAGUCGCAGAUUACGACCACGGCUUCGCCAGAGAGAAUUCACGAGGUCUCGCAAGUAGGAAUAAGUGCUGAUAACAGCAGUAACAACCCAACGUCCACGUACAACCACGUAGCCAACAACGUUCAACUCAACAGCAUCGCGAACGACCAAGGACCGUUACCAGACGAGGAUAUGAUGGAAAUGAUCGGUGGGACUGCUAUUAAUGAGUCCCCAAAUCCUGUGCCCUCCGAUGGAAAUGAUGAGGCAGCAAUGGCUGUGAUUAUGAGUCUUCUGGAAGCUGAUGCUGGCUUGGGUGGCCCUGUUGAUUUCACCGGAUUACCAUGGCCAUUACCAUAGUGUGGAUUGCAUUAGUGAUUACUUCACAGUGACUUUUUUCAAUAUGUACAUUACAAUUUUGAACAUAUUUAUAUAAGGAUCAUUAGUGAAAAAGUGUAUAUACUAUAAAAUCCCUUCCAUGUACCUGUAAUCAAUACUUUGACAAAAACAUUUUUUAAACAUUCAAGUAUAUAUAUAUAUAUAUAUAUAUAUAUAUAUAUAUAUAUAUAUAUUUAUAUAUAUAUAUAUAAAAUUUUUUAACGAAUCUUUCAAAUAUCCCGAUUAAAUGGUACACUGGUCUUAAGAAAAACUUAAAAGCGCUUAUUCUCAAAGUGUGUAGAGUUAUUCUGGUGCUAAAGUGGUGCUGCGUGGAACAUAAAUCAGUGUAUUCUAUGUGACAUCGUUUAAAGUGUGUCGCUAUCGACAAUUCAUUUUCCACGUGUUAUUAAUGUUUCUUAGCAUUUAUUGUUAUAAAAAAAAAAAAAAAAAAAAAAAAAAAAAAGAAAAAAAAAAGAAAAAAAAUAAGAAA